CGAGCCGGAGCGGAGCGGCCGAUGGCGGCCCUGCGGCUCGUGGCGUCGGCGCUCGGGCGCCGGGUCCCCGCCGGCCGCUCGGGGCGCGCGCUGGCGAAGGGUGGCGCGUGUGGCUUCGCCUGCAGCGCCCGCGCGCGCGUCAGGUUCUACACGGACCCGGUGAAGGCCGUGGGAGACAUCACUGACGGCUCGAGGAUCAUGAUCGGGGGCUUCGGGCUCUGCGGGAUCCCGGAGAACCUGAUAGGGGCGCUGCUGAAGACCCGCGUGAAGGACUUGACUGUGGUCAGCAGCAACGUGGGGGUGGAGAACUUCGGUCUCGGCCUCUUACUGGGGACCAAGCAGAUCACCCGCAUCGUCUGCUCCUACCUGGGGGAGAACUCGCUCUGUGAGCAGCAGUACCUGGCGGGUGAGCUGGAGCUGGAGAUCACGCCCCAGGGUACCCUGGCCGAGCGCAUCCGCGCAGGGGGCGCUGGUGUGCCCGCCUUCUACACCCCCACGGCCUACGGGACCUUGGUCCAGGAGGGAGGCGCACCCAUCAGGUACUUACCAGAUGGCCACAUCGCCAUCCUCAGCCAGCCCAGGGAGGUGAGGGAGUUCCAUGGGCAGCACUACCUGCUGGAGCAUGCCAUCACCGCGGAUUUUGCUUUGGUGAAAGGGUGGAAGGCCGACUGGGCAGGAAAUGUCAUCUUCAGGGCCAGCGCCAGGAACUUCAACGUGCCCAUGUGCAAAGCCGCCAGAACCUCCGUGGUGGAGGUUGAGGAAAUUGUGGACGUGGCGUCCUUUGCCCCAGAAGACAUCCAUGUUCCUAACAUUUAUGUAGAUCGCAUAAUACAGGGGGAAAAAUACGAGAAAAGAAUUGAGCGCUUAACUGUCCGGAAAGAGGAUGAUGAAAUAUGCACGUCUUCAGAUAACAUAAGGACACGGAUCAUCAAGCGGGCAGCUCUUGAAUUUGAGGACGGCAUGUACGCCAAUCUGGGCAUCGGCAUCCCUCUCCUGGCCCCCAACUACAUCAGCCCCAACAUCACCGUGCACCUUCACAGUGAGAACGGGAUCUUGGGCUUGGGUCCCUUUCCAUUAAAAGAGGAGGUGGACGCGGACCUCAUCAACGCGGGCAAGCAGACAGUCACCCUUCUUCCCGGGGGCUCUUUUUUCUCCAGCGAUGAAUCAUUUGCCAUGAUUCGAGGGGGACACAUCAACCUGACCUUGCUGGGAGCCAUGCAGGUUUCCAAAUACGGUGACCUGGCUAACUGGAUGAUACCCGGCAAGAAGGUGAAAGGCAUGGGGGGCGCGAUGGAUCUGGUGUCCAGUUCCAAGACGCGAGUGGUGGUCACCAUGCAGCACUGCAACAAGGCCAAUGAACCCAAGAUCGUGGAGAAGUGCACCAUGCCGCUGACUGGGAAGCGGUGUGUGGACAGGAUCAUCACCGAGAAGGCCGUGUUUGACGUGCACAAGAAGACAGGACUGACCCUGAUUGAGCUCUGGGACGGCCUCACAGUGGAGGACAUCAAAAAGAGCACGGGGUGCCCGUUUGCCGUCUCCCCGAACCUCAGACCCAUGCAGCAGGUCAAAAUGUAGCCCGAGAGUGAACCUCGGUCCCAGAGCGUGUGCUUCUGCCUUCACCUCCCAGGACUGCAUUCCAAGGAAGCCACCGUCACAUUUGUACAUUUCACCAGCAUCCUGCCGGCUUUGUCCUGCCAUCCCAGGCUGCCUGCCCCUGGAUAGCCUAGGUUCUCUCAGGAGAGACGUGCCUUUAAUUAAAAACCAGAGGAAAG